CUCGAGUCGCUCAGCCAGGUGGCCGGCGUGCUCGGCACCCAGUGGGGGGACGAGGGCAAGGGCAAGCUCGUCGACAUCCUCGCCCAGCGCUUCGACGUCGUCGCCCGCUGCCAGGGUGGAGCCAAUGCUGGACACACCAUAUAUAAUUCCGAGGGGAAGAAGUUCUCGCUGCACCUCGUCCCGUCGGGUAUCCUCAACGAGAACACACAGUGCGUGAUUGGUAACGGAGCGGUGGUUCACCUCCCUGGGUUCUUCAAAGAAAUCGACGGACUGGAGUCCAACGGGGUUUCAUGCAAAGGGAGAAUUCUGGUAUCAGACCGUGCCCAUCUUCUGUUUGAUUUCCAUCAGGUUGUCGAUGGGCUUCGAGAGGUGGAGCUCGGGAACUCCUUCAUAGGAACAACAAAGAGGGGAAUCGGACCGUGCUAUUCGAACAAGGUCAUCAGGAACGGGCUCAGGGUCAGUGAUCUGCGGCAUAUGGACACCUUUGGUGCCAAGCUUAACACCCUGCUGAAAGAUGCAGCGACGCGGUUCAAAGGAUUUGAAUAUAGCAGCAAGACCCUCAAAGAGGAGGUCGAGAAGUACGAAAGGUUCGCCGAACGUCUGGGACCGUACAUUACUGAUACCGUGCAUUUCAUGAAUGAGUCGAUCUUGCAGAAGAAGAAAAUUUUGGUUGAAGGUGGUCAGGCUACCAUGUUAGACAUUGACUUUGGGACAUAUCCAUUUGUUACUUCCUCAAGUCCUUCAGCUGGGGGGAUCUGUACUGGCCUCGGCAUUGCUCCAAGAACCCUCGGCGAUAUCAUCGGAGUGGUAAAAGCUUAUACAACCAGGGUUGGAUCUGGCCCAUUCCCAACGGAGCUGCUGGGCAAGACGGGCGAUUUGCUCCGCGCAUCGGGAAUGGAGUUUGGGACCACAACAGGUCGGCCCAGGCGUUGUGGCUGGCUCGAUAUAGUCGCGCUCAGAUACUGCUGCCAAAUCAAUGGCUUCUCCUCCCUGAACCUGACGAAACUCGACGUGCUGACCGGGCUGAAGGAGAUCAAGCUGGGCACUUCCUACUGCACCGAAGAUGGCAAAGCGAUCGAGUCGUUCCCGGCAGACCUCGAUAUCUUGGAGCAAACAAAGGUCAAGUACGAGGCCCUGCCUGGGUGGGAGGAGGACAUUUCGUCGGUGCGGGACUACGAUGAUCUCCCGGAGACCGCGCGUCUGUACGUGGAGAGGAUAGAGGAGCUGGUUGGUAUCCCUGUCCAUUACAUCGGUGUCGGACCCGGGCGGGAUGCCCUUAUAUACAAAUAGGGGAUUUUGUCAGACAUGUCUCUUAUUAUCUAUACAAGAUCCGCAUUUGGGCCAUGAUUCAACCCAAUUGCGUUCUUUACUGCUUA